AUGGGUUCCACUUCUCUCCCGUAUAUGGAGACCAAGCCCAAGCUCAUCUUUUUCACCGAUUUUGAUGGGACAAUCACCGUCGAUGACAGCAAUGACUUCAUGAUCGACAACAUUGGCUUUGGCCGGGAAAAGCGCCAAGUGUUGAGCGAUCAGGUGCUUGACGAGACCUUGAGUUUCCGUGAUGCCUUCCGCGAGAUGCUCGAUAGUAUCAAGAUGCCAUACAACGAGUGCAUCGAUACGCUGUUGAAGAACAUGAAGCUGGACCCAUACUUCGAGGAAUUCUACCACUGGGCCAAGGAUAACAAUGUGCCCAUUGUCAUCCUGUCGUCGGGCAUGAAACCCAUCAUCAGCGCCUUGCUGGAGAAGUUCCUUGGUCACAAGCCUGCGGAACACCUUACCAUCAUUUCCAACGAGGCCGUGAGCCGAGAUGGCAAGGAUAUCAAUAGCGAGGGUGGCUGGCAGAUCAAAUAUCACGAUGACAGCCACUUUGGCCAUGACAAGUCACUGGAGAUUAGGCCCUAUGCCGCAUUGCCCGAUGGAGAGCGCCCGAUUCUCUUGUACGCUGGAGAUGGUGUUUCCGAUUUGUCUGCGGCCGCGGAAACCGAUCUUCUCUUCGCCAAGGAGGGCAAAGAUUUGGUGACCUAUUGCCAGCGCCGAGGCAUGCCCUACACCACUUUUGCAAAUUGGUCCACAAUCCUUUCAACUUCUAAAGACAUCCUGAGUGGCAAGGUGACCGCCGGUGAAGUGGCUGCCAAGGCCUCGCUCGGUGUGUAG